AUGUACGCGAGACUAGAAAUAAUUGCAGAGGGUCGUAGUAUCGUCUCUACGAAACUGGUGCGGCAGGACUACGAGGUGCAGGUGUACCGCGCGCAUGCGCUGCUGGGCAACACGGCGGUGCUGCGCUGCGUCAUCCCGCCCUUCGUCCGGGACGACGUCUCCGUCUCCUCCUGGUUCCGGGACGACACCAUCAUACUGCCGGGCAGCCACGAUGCAGGCGGCCGCUUCGUGGUGACGAGCACAGGGGACCUGCUGGUGAGGCGGGCCACGGCGGCGGACGCCUCCUCCCGCUACAGCUGCCUCACGCUGCACGCACUCACCGGGGAGCGGCGCAGGAGCGCCCCGGCGCAGCUGCUCACCGUCACAGAAGCGACAGGAGGGAUGCCGCCGCGGUUGACGCAGCGCUCCAGCACGUCACUCACGGCGGAGCAGGGCCGUGACGUCACGUUGAGCUGCACUGCGCAGGGAAACCCGCCGCCCACCUUCACGUGGUGGCGUGAGUCCGGGACACCCGUGGGGUCCUCAGGCCGCGUGUGGGCGUCGCAGGAGGCGCUGCACAUCCGCGGGGCGCGGCCGGAGGACGCCGGCAGGUGGGAGUGUCGCGUGCACAACGCCUUCGGGGAGCAGCGGGUGCACGCCUCGCUGCAGGUCACCGCGCCGCUAGCAGUACACGUCACGCCACACCUGCUGGUGGUGAACUCCGGCGAGCCGGCGACGUUCAACUGCUCGGUGUCGGGCUCCCCCGUGGCCGGCGUGGAGUGGCUGCACAACGCGGAGCCGCUGGCCGCCGGCCGCGCGCGCCUCCUGUCGCCGCUGGCUCUGCACGUCGGCGCCGCGACGCGCGCCCACCGCGGCGUCUACCAGUGCGUCGCCAGGGGAGACGGGGACAGCGCGCAGGCGUCCGCGGAGCUGCGUCUCGGAGACACGGUGCCGGAGCUGCAGUGGACGUUCGUGGAGCAGGCGCUGAGCCCGGGCAGCCCCGUGUCGCUGCGCUGCGCCGCCGCCGGCAGCCCGCCCCCGCAGUUCACCUGGCACCUCGACGGCCGGCCCCUCACCGCCUCGCGACUCGGCCACAGGUACACAAUCGGUCAGUAUGUAGACCAAGUCGGUGACGUCAUCAGCCACGUGAACGUCUCAUCCGUUCGCGUGCAGGACGGCGGCUUGUAUACCUGCAGUGCUGCCAACUCAAUGGGCACCACAUCUCACGAAGCCAGACUCAACAUUUAUGGUCCGCCGUACGUCCGAUCUUCCAUGAGCCCCGUGCGCGUCCUGGAGUCUGCCGACGUGACGCUGCGCUGUCCGUACGCCGGCUACCCAAUCAGCGGCGUCUCCUGGGAGCGCCGGGGAGUCCCCGUGACAGCUGACUUGCGACACGAGCUGCGCGACGGUGGCGCCGCACUGCACAUCCGCGGCGUCGAUCCGGCGGCCGACGCGGGCGCCUAUAUCUGCCAGGUCCGCGGCGCCGCUGGGGACGUGGCGCGCGGCGAGCUGCUGCUGGCCGUCGACAGUCCUCCAGUGGUGGAACCCUUCAACUUUCCGGUCAACGUGCGAGAGGGAGCCAGGGCGCAGGUGACGUGUAGCGUUUCUUCUGGGGACCUUCCGAUUCGAUUCUCAUGGCUCAAAGACAACGCGCCGAUCCCAAAGGAUCUUCAGGUAACUGAAAAAGAGAGCAGUGAAUUCUACAGCAUGCUGGUUUUCACAAAGCUGUCAGCAAGACACAGUGGCAUGUACACUUGUGUGGCUUCCAACAAUGCUGCCAGUGGCAACUACUCUGCUCAGCUUCGAGUGAAAGUUUCCCCACGAUGGCUCGUUGAACCACAGGACAUGUCUACACUAGCUGGCAAUCCACUCCUUGUUAAUUGCAAGGCAGAGGGCUAUCCUCAGCCAGUUGUGUCGUGGCUGCAUGGUCAAGGUGAGAUUACAUCAGACUUUCAGUUGCUGGAUACAUCAGAGGUUCACAUCAUGGUGUUGUCAAAUGGGACCCUAUCAAUCCCAGCAGCAAAUUCAGAAGAUGAGGGUUUCUAUCUCUGCCGUGCUGAUAAUGGGAUUGGGGCUGGUCUCAGUAAGGUUGUGAAGAUAACAGUGAAUGAGCCUGUGAGCUUUGAUGUGAUGGAGAAGAAUGUAACAGCUCGCCACGGAGAACAAGUAACUCUCAAGUGUGAUAUUAAAGGUGAUCAUCCCAUACAAGUUGACUGGCUGUUUAGUGGGCAAAGAUUAAAUCACAAUUACAGAACAAGCAUGUCUGAAAUCAAGACAGAUAGUGGCCUGCAGUCCCUGCUGGUUAUUGCACAGGCUGAGCGACAUGACUCAGGUCUUUACACAUGCCAGGCAGGCAAUAUAUUUGGUCACAGCAAGCUUAUUAUACACCUGGCUAUACAAGAGCCACCAGAUCCACCGCUUGACAUAGAAGUGGUCGAAAUAAACAGUAGAUCAGUUCAUUUAUCAUGGCAUCCUCCAUUUGAUGGACACAGCACUCUGAUUGGUUAUCUGAUACAGUAUAAGAAAGGUACCAGUCUCAUCAAUGAUUGGCAUCAUUCUGGAACAGUCAACCUCUCCCUCCCAGCCUAUGGAGCUGAAUUUACAAGUAAGAAUGCUGAUUCCAUGAGAACUGCAGUCAUAACUGACUUACACCCUGCCACAACGUACCACAUAAGAAUGCUUGCUACUAAUGCUAUUGAGGCUAGCCCUUUCACAGAUACCCUCACUGUGAAGACACAAGAAGAAGUUCCAGCUGCUCCACCACAGGACCUGAAUGCAGAAACUAUUGGUCCUGAUGAAUUGCUGAUAUCAUGGAAGCCUCCACCACCUGACACUUGGAAUGGAAAUAUACUUGGAUACAUUGUACAUUGGAAUAUUCAUGGAAUGGCUCCAUUGGACACAAAUAGUACAAACACACAUCUGGUAAGAGGUCUAAUGACUACUGAGGCACGAUUAAAGCAGCUUAAAAAGUUCACAAGAUAUGAUGUGUAUGUUCAGGCAUUCAACAGUAUGGGGCCUGGACCAAAAUCAUCUGCUGUCACUGCUACAACACGGGAAGGAGUUCCAGAUGCUGCGCCACAAAAUGUAAGUUGCUUUCCCUUGUCAUCACAGAGCAUGAAAGUGAACUGGACUCCACCACCAGUACAACACCAUGGGGGAGUCAUACAAGGCUAUAAAGUUAUUUACAAGCCUGUCAUCAGUGAUUCCAAUCUUUGGGCUGCUGGGAGUGAAGUGAAGAGAACUGCAAGUCUUGAUACUUACCUCCAUGGUCUCCUUAAGUUUACAAAUUACUCUGUGAGGUUGCUGGCUUACACAAGUAUGGGAGAUGGUGUGCUGAGUCGUGCAGUGUUUUGUUCAACAGAGCAAGAUGUUCCUGGCUCACCAGCUGCCAUUAAGGCAAUUUCACUUACUUCUGACUCUAUACUUGUUUCAUGGUUACCUCCUGAGAACGCAAAUGGAAUUAUUACACUUUAUACUGUCUAUUUUAAAGGAAGACAUCAUGUAACAAAGCCAAUGAGUUUCAAGGUAGGACCUACAAUAAACACUCAUGAAGUUCGAGGUCUGAAGGAAACAGAGCAGUAUGAAUUCUGGGUGACAGCAUCUACGAUUGUGGGAGAAGGAGAAAGUGGAAGACCAGUCAUCCAAACACCAAACUCAAAAGCUCCAGCUCGUAUUGCAUCAUUCUCACAAGUUCUCAAAGUGCCACUGAAAUCAAGUACAAGUCUUAGUUGCUUAGCUGUUGGCAACCCUACACCAAAUAUUCAGUGGCUUUAUAAGAAGCGUGUACUUGAAUCUGACUCAAGAACCAGAAUACUGCAGGAUUCACUUCACAUUAUAAAAAUGGAAAAACUCAGUGAGGGGAACUAUACCUGCAUUGCAAAAAAUCUCUUUGGCGAGGACCACAUUACAUACAAAAUUAUUGUGCUCUUGACACCUGACCCACCAUUGCUUGAAUCUACAGGCUCAGAUCAUAACAACAUUGAACUACAGUGGAGGUCUAUCAAAGAUGGAGGAACACCAAUAUUAGGUUACUUGCUGAAUUAUAAACGAGACCAUGGGAACUGGAUAGAAGUUCAACUGGAUGCUGAACAGAAUUCUCUCAUGCUACCAAAUCUACAGUGUGGUACCACAUAUCAUGCCUACAUGAUAGCAUAUAACAGAGUGGGAAACAGCCAUCCUAGUGCUACAGUCACAAUCAAGACAAAAGGAACAGAACCACAAGUUCCUGAACUAAAAACACUUUUGACAACAAAUGCAACUUCUGUGCUCUUGCACUUACCAUACUGGCCAGAUGGAGGAUGUCCCAUGUUAUAUUUUGUUGUUGAAUAUCGGAUUUUGGGAACCAGAAAUGAAUGGAUUUUGGUGGACAACAAUGUGCCAUCAAUGAACUUUUUGAUUGGUGAUCUUCAGCCUGGUACAUGGUAUGAACUACGAAUUACAGCUCAUAACAGUGCUGGAUCAACAAGAGUACAUUACAGUAUGGCCACAACAACCAUAUCUGGAGCAACUGUUGCACCAAUGCAGGAAAGUCAAAGCUUGACAGAUACUCCCCACUUCUAUGAAGACAUCUAUGUCGUGGUAUCCACAGUCUGUUCUGCAGUUUUAUUAUUAAGUGCUGGACUUCUGAUAUAUGUUGCAAUACGCAGAAAUAUUUCUUCUUGCAGACAGUGCAAGGAUAGUCUUGGUGGCAGAGCAUGUCAGGAUGCUCUUGAAAGUGCCAGCAUUUGCAAGGCAGCUGCUGAAAUGGACAAUAAACGAAAUUUCCAACAGAUAUAUUCAUCUUCACCAAGUAAAUCAGAUGAACAUCACACUUCAAAACAAAUGGAUACUUCAUCUGAUAUAUAUGAGAUGAGUCCGUAUGCUACAUUUGCUGUUUCAUCUGAUUGUCCAAGAUCUGUGAAUCCAACAGCUUUAGAUUAUACAAUUGAGUUCAAAACAUUUGGACAUUCAGAAAACAAUAGCAGUGCUCAACAUGAACGACCUCAUCGAAGCAACAGGAAGCAUCGAGGAGACUGCAGACAGCCAUCAGUAACAGUGUCCAGCCUUCACAGACAUAACAAUGCAAAUGAGCAUGAAAGAAAAUUUGAAGUAUGUCACAACUCAGAGACUGACUCAAGUGGUAGCCCAUCUGUACUUAGUAGUUACAGGACACCCAUAAAGAAAACUGCUGCAAGAAGCUUAGAGAUGUACCAUGCUGACUCAAGUCCAGAAUCUAAUGAGAUUUCACCCCUUCCAAGAAGGAGGCGAACACCUCAUCAGCAUCCACUGAGCAGUGUUGAAAGACCAACACAGGUGCAUGCCAGCUAUGAAUCAAGUUCCCCAGAAGUUGAUGCCAGUGUCCUCAGCUAUCACUUGCAGCCACCAUCUGGAUUUUCAAACAGCCAAGAACUGAGUGAAGCUGAAUGUGACCGUGACUCCAACCAACUUGCCAAGUUUCUUGCCAGAUUUCAUCAACAGAAGGAAGAGGAGAGAUUGCAGUAUACUAUUCAUGUCUGAUAUGCCCUGCUCUUCACUGGCCUACUGUAAAUGACAUUUUCACUGUGACACUGUCCCACUUAAAUGUGUACUUCAGUCUCCUGGACUCAAGAUCAGCAGCAUUAUGAAUGCCUUCAAAGGCUGAUAAAUAUAAAACAUGUAUCAUCAACAAUCUGCGUGGAUGUGGAUGAAAUAGCCAUGCUGCCAUUUA